CCUAGCUUCUGCUCUUUCAAGCCAAUGCAAGCAACUUCAAAUUCAAACCCAAAGCCCAUCUCUCUUCCUCAUCACCGUCGCCACCACUAUACAAUGGACUGACCUUUCACUAACCACCCAAACCCACUCUUCUCUCCUUCUACUCUGCUCCUCCACACAAUCCUUCCAACAAACCAAACAAACCCAUGCAAUUACUCUUCUUAAAGGACUACUUUCUAACAAUGUCUCUAUCUCUGCUUCUCUCAUUCUUCGCUACGCCACUUUGGGAAACCCAUCAACUUCAUGGCUUGUCUUCCAACUUCCUGUCUCGUAUUCUCACUAUGCCUUCUUGUGGAAUACUCUCAUCCAACCUUUCUCCAUUGCUAGAAUUCAUAAUGGCUUCGAAAUUUACAACAUGAUGGUUCAAAAUGGAGUUGAACCCGAUGACCAUACUUUUUCUUUUGUUCUCAAGGUUUGUGUGGACUAUUUGGAGAUUUGGAAGGGUAAGAAGGCUCAUGGGUUGUUGUUUAAAUUGGAUUUUGAUUUGGAUUUGUUUGUGGGGAAUACCCUUUUGCUGUUCUAUGAUGGUUGUGGUUAUUUGAGUGAUGCAGAGAAGGAGUUUGAUAAAAUGUCUGAGAGAGGCAUUAUGUUAUAG